UUUUUAAAUGUUUAGUUAGUUCAGACUCUCAAAAGAUGCCAUGUGUCUUGGCCGUUAAAAUAGGGGUGAAUAUAAAACUUUGAUGGAAGGUAAGGAUAUAUCUGAACGGAAAGUAUAACGGAGGAUAGAAUUGAAAAUGAUAUAUUUGGCCCUUUUAUGUAUUUAGUCAUAUACUUCGUGGACCGAAUGUUAGUGUCUAAUAUUUGGAACAGAAGCUGUUCGACAAAAUGCCGGAAUGGAACAGCAAAUAGCCAUCAAUGGCGAUGCUAUCAACUAUUACAAGACGCACUAUUUUCUCAACCCCAUUAACCGAACACUUAUCUUCCUCUUCCUUCUCUUCUUCUACCUCACCGCAACCAUCUUCAAACGAAGACGAAACUCUAGUCUCAACAGCCAUAAAAAUCCUCAAACACCAUCGCUCAAAAUCAAGAUGGUCCGAAAUUCUCUCUCUAUCCCCACCCCCUUCCGGCUUCACUCCCACCCAAGUCUCUCAAAUCAUUCUUCAACUCCGCAACACACCUCAUCUCGCUCUCCGUUUCUUCCACUUCACAAUCACUCGCUCCAUUUGCUCUCACUCUCUUUAUUCCUACGCCACUAUCAUUCACAUCCUCUCCCGUUCCCGCCUUAAAUCCCAAGCUUUAGAGCUACUAAAAUCCGCCAUUCGAAAAUUCCCCGACACCCAUCAACCUGAUUUAACAAACCCACCUCGGAUUUUCCAAAUCUUGGUUAAAACUUACAGGACUUGUGAUUCAGCUCCUUUUGUGUUUGAUUUGUUGAUUAAAGCUUAUUUGGAUUCUAAAAAAAUUGAUCUUUCUGUUAAACUUGUGAGGAUUUUAGCUAAAAAGAAUAUCUUUCCACAUGUUGUUAUAUGCAAUUCUUUGAUUGAGUUGAUUGCGAAAAGUCGAGGCCCUUUUGCUGCUUAUGAUAUGUAUAGGGAAAUCUUUAAAGGUAGAGAGGUAAAGGGUGUGAUCGUCAAUGCUUAUACUUUUAACAUUCUUAUGGUAGCUUUUCAUAGAGAUGGAGUAGUUGAGAAGGUUGAGGAGGUUUGGAAGGAAAUGAUGGAAAAAAAUUGUGCCUCGAAUACAUAUAGUUAUAGCGUUUUAAUGGCCGCGUAUUGUGAGGAUGGACUGAUGGAGAAUGCCAUGAAUGUUUGGGAGGAGAUGGGUGAUAAGGGCGUGAAACAUGAUAUUGUAGCUUAUAAUACCAUAAUUGGGGGAUUUUGUAAAGUUGGAGAGGUUGAUAGAGCUGAGGAUUUUUUCCGGGAAAUGGUUUUCGCUGGGGUGGAGUGUACUUAUGUUACUCUUGAGCAUCUCAUAAAUGGACAUUGUAUGAGUGGGAAUGUUGAUGCAGCUUUAGUCUUGUAUAAGGAUAUGUGUCGAAAGGGAUUCAAACCAGAGAGUUCAAUGAUAGAUGCUGUCGCUCGGAUGCUAUGCGACAAAAAUGGAGUUUUUGAGGGCUUGGAAUUUGUGAGAGCUGUAAUAAAGAAACAUGAUACCGUACCAAGGAAGAGUACAUACGAACUUCUGAUACGGAGCUUGUGUGAGGAGGGUUUGAUGGAAGAUGCGCAAAAACUUCAGGUAGAGAUGGUGGGGAAAGGAUUUGCCCCAAAUGUGGACGUAUAUAGUGCUUUCAUUGAUGGGUACAUCAAGCAAGGGAAUGACAAAAUGGCUGAAACUUUGAGGAACGAAAUGCUUACGAAUAAGAUCCCUUGUAAAGAUAGCUAGAAGUUCGUAUAGCAUCCAAACUUUUAAUCAAAUCUAAGUUGUGACUUCGGGCUAUGAGGUUAACAAGGUGACUUUGCCGAGGUGCAAGUCUAUCAGUACAUCAAAGCACGGUGCUCUCUGAAGGGCAUCUUCAUGAUUUUUCGAAUAUGAGCAGUGCCUUCUUGCUGAAGAAUAUGAACAGUGCCUAACUGCUUGAAGAGUCUAUCGGAAACAGCCUCUCUACCUUAUAAAGGUAGGGGUAAGGUCUGCGUGCCGUACACACUACCCUCCCCAGACCAUACUUAUGGGAUUACAUUGGGUUUGUUAUUGUUGUUGUUGUUCUAACUGCUUGAAGAGUUCUCGCUACAGUUGUUUCCUGAAGCUAUGCUGUGAAAGUUGGAGAAGACUUCCAGCUGCUUGACAGAAAAGUAACCAAAGAUUAGAAAUGGAGAUUCCAUGAUAAGAAGGCCAAUCCAGCAUAUAUCUGUUAUCUGCUGCAAAACUUUGAAGGACAUAGUGUUCUGUUGGCUCUGAGCCAGAUGAAUUGGUUCAUUGUCUACUGCUUGUACUGGUUGAUGAUUCUUGUAUAGUCUUCCCAAUUAUUCAAAAAUGACUUGAUGUGUAUCCUCGGCAUAUCCAAUCGUCUAAAAGAUUGGAGUGCUGAAUCCUGACAGUAUUUGUCAACCAAUGUGAAAGUCAUUCUACAGGAUCAAGGAGCUGCCCGGCAGCUGAGAUUUGUGUAAAAUGCAGUACACAUCACUCAAACAGUAUGGAACUCUAAUUAAUUCAGACAUUAUAUGAUCUUUCUAUAUUAUCACUCUCAAUCUACUCAUGAACAUUGUCUCUAUAUAAAUAAA